AUGCCCGGCAUCGCUGUUCUUAGCCCGACUUCGCCCACUAAUUUCUCCCCGAAGGUGACCGCGAUGCAAAAUGGAGCGUCGUACAACCGCGACACCAUAGCCGAAAUCAAGGCGGGCGCGAAGGAAAUGACCCAGGGAGUUCGUGGGGCAUCUGCUGCCCGUCUACUCGCGUCCGCUCGGAGCCAGAUGCGUCUUGCUGCGACCCAGGAGAUCGAAGGGGACCUCAAGGGCGCGCUCAGUGCAUAUACAAAGGCCGCGUCGUUGAUUCAGAUUUUCAUGGAUACCCCGGAGUUCAAGGCGGAGAGCCAGCCGGGGAGGAAGGGGAUGCUCUUCAAAGAUUUCUUUGACUUCCAGCAGACCGACGGGCGGGAUAUGAUUGUGAAGACACAGGCAGUGGAGAUGAAGUUGGCAGAGCUGGAGAAGUCUGCUUUCCAGUCAUCUCACGGCGAGGACGACUCUGAAAGCGCCGUUGUGAUGACGGGCGGCGGAAGUAUUGCAGACCGUAUGCGCUCGCUAAAGAACGCCGGAAUGGCGGUCUCGACGACGAAGCGCAUAUCUCGCGAGAUACCCACCUCUCCCGUUCCUCCCUUGUCUCCCCCGAUGUCUCCUACUGCCGCUCGCCCGCCUAGUCUGCUUUCACUGCAGAUGCUCUCUCCUCCGACGGCUCCGCCUUCUUCGUUUUCACGCUCGUUGGACUCCCCUACGGUCUCCGCUCCAUCGCCCCACGUCUUGGUUCCGACCUCUAGCUUCGGACCUCCGUCCCCUUCGUCUUCAACCUCAUCGUCGCCGCAAAUGUCUGCGCCUACGUUGCAAGACUUUACCACGAACUUCCCUUCGAUCGACGAGCUGGAGGAGAUGGAGGGGAUGAAGAUACCCCCCAAUCCGACUGGCGCGAGCAGUUCCGGGGCCCGUACGAGCAGCAGGAAGCCCUCUAUAUCGCAUGCAAACGGCGUACCUCCCAUAUUCCAUCCCAAGCCGUUCCCCAGUUUGCCUAUGGACAUGGGCCCGCGUCCGUCGAGCACGCCAAUCCCGCCGACGAUCGAUACCUUCCAAAGCCGUCCGAGCUCCCCCAUGCGGAUCCCCGUAUCGCCGACGGUCCCUCGGAAGCCCUCGUAUCUGUCUAUGAACACGACGAUGAGCUCCAGUUAUUCGUCGAAUCUGAGUACGAGCGUCCCGAGGUCCCCCGUCAUUCCAGCGACGCCCAUCGCAGAGAAGGCGGAGCUCCCAUUCAAGACCUUAUUCCCACAGACGCUGCACGAAUGGAGAGAUAAGCCAAACUUCAAGAUUUUGCUACUAGACGUUCGCACGAGGGAGGAGUUUGAGCGAGAGCACAUCAAGGCGUCUGCGGUGGUAUGCAUAGAACCCUCCAUCCUUCAACGCGACAACGUGAACGGAUCAACAAUCGAAGACGCGCUCAGCAUCAGUCCGCGGGACGAAUCCGUCCUGUUCGCGAACCGAGACAAGUUCGACCUGGUCGCGAUCUACGACGACGCGUCCGAGAACAUGGGCGACGUGCACUCCCCGGUCUCCGUCCUCUUCAAGGCGAUUUACGAGACCGCCUUCCGCAAGAUCCUAAAGAACAUGCCCAUGCUGCUCAUCGGCGGAUUCCAGGCGUGGAAGCGCGAGUACGGCGAGGAGGAGACCCUAUCUGGGUCCUCCGCGUCCGGUGCGCGUCCUAUCCAUGGUCUGGCAAACGGCAUCAGCCCGUCGCUUGUCAACGGGACCGGGGUGCCUGGUACGCCCCCGACGGAGCCUAAAUCGCUUGGGCUGGGACACAUGCGGGCCCCUGCAGAGUCCUCAACCGCGUCUACCAUCAUUUCCCCAGUGCCCUCGGUGCCGACAGUGGAUUUUGGUGCAAUCCCGAUGGGACGCGCGAGGUCGGGAACGGAGUCGGCUGUGGACCCGAAUGCACACCGACCGUGGAUCCCGAGUGGGGUGCGGUCGCCAGCGGAGCCUGCACCUAGUUCACCAAGGUUAGGAAUGGACAGCGUAGGCUCACUCCCGCCGAUGGACAAGCGGUUGUCUCGCAGACCGGCGAUGUCGCGGAGCGGCUCGAAUUCUGUAUCAUACCCAGCGACGUAUACACCUAUGAUUCCUGAGAACAUGACAAUGCAGCAUGUCUCACCUCCUCUCGUAAACGGUAAAUCUUCUAUCCAAUACCCCCAGAUCGCCCGACAUGUCUCUCCUCAAGUCACCGGCUCCUCGUUCUCUCCUACUUCCGCAGGCGUCAACGGCCUAUCGCUUCCACCUCAGGCUUCGAUCAACCCCUCCCCGCUCUCCCGUCGACGCAGCGACUACAUCGACCAGUCCCAAGAAGCGCUCAAUGGGUUGGCCAACCGCACACCGAUCGACUAUCCCGAGCUGUCUGCGCAGCACAUCCUGAGGCCCCCGCCGGUAGCCGCGUCGUCGACGCUCGACAAGCGACCGCGAAUCAGCAACUACUUCGCACAGGCGCAGACCGGGCCGAGGCCGCCGACGAUCCCGUCCGACUACCCGGUUACGUACUGGUCAGACACGCAGAUCGGGACGAGUGGGCUGAAGAACCUGGGCAACACGUGCUAUAUGAACUCAACGAUACAGUGCUUGAGUGCGACGGUACCGUUCUCGCGGUUCUUUACGGAUGGGCGGUGGAAGAGCGCGGUAAACAUGGUGAACCCGAUGGGCACGAAGGGGGUCCUAGCGCUCGCGUUCGCGAAUAUAUUGAGGGAUAUGUGGCAGGGCGAGGGCGGGACGCUUUCCCCUGUUACUUUUCGUCGUUCUAUCUGCAGCCAUGCACCCCAGUUCUCUGGCUCGGAGCAGCACGACUCACAGGAGUUCCUCAGCUUCCUGCUGGAUGGCCUGCACGAGGAUCUGAACCGCAUAUUGCAGAAGCGGAACAUCGAGUCGACGCCGGAACGGGAGGCCGAGCUCGAGAAGUUACCUACGCAAAUUGCAAGCGAACAGGAGUGGCAGAUAUACCGCAUGCGCGAUGACAGCCUCAUCGUCGACUUCUUCCAGGGACAGUACCGGAAUCGCAUGGAAUGUCUCACGUGCCACAAAACGUCAACGACGUAUAACACUUUCAUGUAUCUCACGCUGCCGAUACCCACGGGCCGGGCGUCGAAGGUUACGCUUCAACAUUGUAUAGACGCGUUCGUGAAGGAGGAGGUUAUGGAGAAGUCUGAUGCUUGGAACUGUCCGCAUUGCAAGGCGCUGCGGAAGGCUACGAAGCAGCUGUCACUGUCACGAUUACCGCCGGUGCUCCUCAUCCAUCUCAAGCGCUUCUCUGCAAAGGGCCCAUUCACGGACAAGAUCGAGACAUUCGUCGAGUUCCCGCUGAAGGGUCUGGACUUGACAAAUUACAUGCCGCCACCGCUCCCCCCGGGCGCCAUUGGCGUGCCACCGCUCUCACCCGACGACCCGAGGUGCCAACUGCCGCCAUACCGGUAUGAUCUAUAUGCCGUGACGAAUCACUUCGGGACGUUGAGUACCGGACACUAUACGGCGUUUAUUGCUUCUAGGGGCGGGUGGCUGUAUUGCGACGACAGCCGUGUAACACCAGCAGACGCGAAAGAUGUAGUAGGCAAACCAGCGUAUAUCUUGUUUUAUAAGAGGACCAAAGCGUAA